AGAAAGCUUUGCACCACAAAUGGGCCCUUUUAGUGAAGGAGUGUCUGAGAGGACAUGGAAAAUUUUUCCCUCUUGACAAUCUCUGGGCCACGUCUCCCCAGCUUUGCCCUGAAGAGUGUACCUGACUUAACAUGCCCCGUGCACAAAAGCAGCUUGCCAGGUGAGCUGGGGGGGGAGGGGGGAGUGGUGGGAGAAAGGUACCCCCGGAACAGUUUGAACAGAAGCAAAUGUUUUCUGAAUGAAAUGUGAAAUGGGGUAGAAGGAUGAGGAGUAACCUAGUUUGUGGUAGUAUAGGAAUGCAUGGGAAGCGGGUGGCGCUGUGGUCUAAGCCACCGAGCCUCUUGGGCCUGCUGAUCGGAAUGUCAGCGGUUCGAAUCCCUGUGACGGGGUGAGCUCCUGUUGCUCAGUCCCAGCUCCUGCCAACCUAGCAGUUUGAAAGCAUGCCAGUGCACGUAGAUAAAUAGGUACUUCUGUGGCGGGAAGGUAAACAGCGUUUCCGUGCGCUCUGGUUUCCGUCACAGUGUCCCAUUGCGCCAGAAGCGGUUUAGUCCUGCUGGCCACAUGACCCGGAAAACUGCCAGUGGACAAACGCUGGCUACCUCAGCCUGAAAGCGAGAUGAGCGCCGCAACCUCAUAGUUGCCUUUCGCUCGACUUAACCUUCCAGGGGUCCUUUACCUAGGGACGGAGGAAGAGGGAGCGGUGGGGGCAGGUCACCCCAGGUGCCACCACCAAGGGGGUGACAAAAUGCCAGGCGGCACUCACGCCCACAGGCUCCGCACUGCCAUAAAUGGCCUACCCGCCGCCUCACCUUCAGCUGUAGGGCAGCUGAGUGGGAGAAGGAAGGCAGAUUCCUUGGAGGCCUUGCGGAGCGUCCGGCCCCGGCUGCCCCUGCCCCACGGGUGGCAGGCGCCGCUCCUGGGCGCAGGGCACAGACGCCACCCCAGGCGCCUGAUUGGCUUGCUCCACCAUUGCCUUUACCUUUUAGCUUACCACACCAACCAUCACACGGUGCUGGCCAGGUCUGAGAAAGUCACAAGGCUCAUUCCCCCUUUUCUUGUGCCAGACUGCCUCCUUGCGGAACUGCAGAGUGGGGAGCCACCGCAGCAGAACUGCACCAUCUACCGCCCCUGGUAUUCCCCCUACAGCUACUUUGUGUGCAUGGACCAAGACAGCCAAACUGACUCCUGUGGUUUCCCAGGGACACUGGGAGGCAACAGCCUAGAAGUCCCAGCCGACACUGGGCCUGCCGGAGACAACGUGGACAGUGGCUCCUCUUCGUCCGGCUCCCUGGAGAAAACAUAUCCCCAAGAGAGGAGCAGCAGCAGGAAAGCCACGGACUGCAUCACUUCCCAGGACAUCCUCUUGGCUUCCAAGUGGCGGCCCCCGCAUGGGUGCCAAUGUGUGGCCUGCUGCCGAAUGUUUCCAACUUUGCGCUCACUCAAGGCCCACAUCAAACGUGGUGCCCGGGAGGGCUUCAGCUGCCAGGUCUAUUACCACAAGCUCAAAGCCCUGUGGGGGAAGGAGCGCAAAUGGCGCCCCAGUAAUCGUCCAGCGGGCAGCCACAAAAUGCUCAAAUAGCAAUGUCCGUCUGCAAGAGGCGUCGCAGCCACCAGGCGCCCGUCCUUUCCCCCACAGCCCAAGAAUAAAGCAAGUUAUUGAUGCUGCUUAGAGCAAGCUCGCUGUUCCACCGC